GCGCCAAAGCAAACAAACCCGACCGCCCGCCCUCUGCCUCUCCAACACGCUUCAAGAUGUCGAUCUGGGAUAAGCUUACAGGACGCAAGUCAUCCUCAACGAGUUCUAGUACCUCAUCCUCAGACACAACAACCGACUCUUUCCAAACCACUCCUUUCAAUCCCUCGGAAGCCCAAGAUGUCUCCUCUUUCCUCACAGGCCCUUCCUUCGCCGAUCCAUCACAAUUACAUCCCCUUGCCGGUCUUAACCAGCAGACACUCGACUACCUGUCACUAGAAGACUCCACACUCUCAGAUCUUCCCGGCGCGCAAUCAGCUUUGCCAUCGCGAGGCUGGUCGGACGAUCUAUGUUAUGGUACGGGGGUAACAUACUUGACAGCCUUGACAGUAGGGGGCGCGUGGGGGUUACAGGAGGGUCUUAGAAGAUCAAACGGCCAACCUCCGAAGUUGCGACUAAACUCGGUGCUAAAUGCAGUCACACGGCGAGGACCAUUCCUAGGCAACUCGGCGGGUGUUAUCGCGAUGGUAUACAAUGGCUUCAACUCCUUCCUUGGUCAUAUGAGGGGAAAACAUGACGCGGCAAACAGUAUUCUGGCAGGAGCAUUGAGCGGGAUGGUCUUCAAGAGCACCAAAGGUGUUCGACCCAUGAUGAUUUCGGGGGGGAUCGUGGCUACAGUUGCCGGGGCAUGGGCGGUAACGAGAAAGGCACUCUUUUAAUGAACCCUUAUCAAACUCAUCUGGCUCAUCCUCCCUCCUCAACAUUCCUCCCCUAGGCCUCUCGAGCAACAGACUAUGACAUACGCCGAGACGUCGAGCAAACCGAAAUCCUUUCCAUGUACCAG